AUGCACAGGAGAGUCUUUCGACGAAUCUGUCGGUGUCCGUCCAUCGACUCGGCCCAUGCCGCUUCCGCAGGAGCUCGGCGAUGUUGUCGUGAAUUCCAUUCGUCUCCGUAUCUCUUUCAGACCAACAAUCAAGCAACAGCCGGUGCCAGCGAGGACGGCAAUGCUCCUUCGUCUGCUCCUCGUCCGCUAUUCAAACCGAGAUUUGGUGGCGGGCAAUGGGCUGUCAAAACACCCGCUGCCAAAACGCCGUCCGGUUUGACUGUCGCCGAGUUGGCAAGUAGGAAUGCCAUCAAAGCUGCAGCACCACAACCAGAAGCACAACCAGAAGCACAAAUCCAGCCGAAGACAGAGACUCAGAAGAACGUGGGAGGUCCCACUUCGUCCUCGAAAAAGAAAUUCAACAACCGACGUCUUCAAGUCCCGUCGGCAGACUGGGAAUGUCCGCAAUGCCAUUUCAAGUGCUACGGCACGCGCCUUGUCUGUCCCAAAUGCCUUACGCCCAAUCCCAAUCCUAUCAAGCGCCCUGACUCUAAACCAAAAGCUUUUGCAAUACGAAGAAGGCCGCUUUCGAAGGAUACGGUCAACGAGUACAUGGGAGUUGCAAAGCAAUCAUGGCUUGAAAGUAAUAAAGCCAAGCUUCUGGAGACGUCUAAGGAUGAGUCAGCCAAACAGAAAACGAACAACCUAAGCAAAAGCGAUAAGCUUGCGCAGCAGCAGCAGCAGCAACAGCAGCCGGAGUCGAAGCGUGAAAAAGACAAGAAGCGAGAAAUAGAUGACUUCGAUAAGUGGCAGGCAUCUCUCGAAGAGCUGAAGAAAGCCCAAGAGUUAGAGGCUACUCAGGAGUCGCAGCGAUCAGAUAAACCCAAAGGUUAUAAUAAGAAGCAGCGAUAUCGCGGACAUGAUGAGGACGAAUAUGAUCCUGGUGAGAGGAAACGACAGAAGGAAAAACGCAAACAGAAAAAGAGCCGCCAGGAAGAGGUUGCGCCUCAACCAAGUCCGCUGUAUCUUCCUGAAUUUAUCAGCGUGGGAAAUCUUGCCAAUGUUCUUGGUGUGCGACAGACGGAAUUUAUCGACCACCUGGAAGAAAUUGGGUUCGAGAAAGUUAUACAUAGCCAUGUACUGGACGCAGAAACGGCCGGACUCAUUGCCGAAGAGUACAAUUUUGAACCGAUCUUUGAGACAGGCGAGGCUGAUUUGGCUGCUGCGCCUGAACCAGAGGAUAAAUCUGUUUUGCCGCAACGACCUCCGGUGGUCACGAUCAUGGGCCAUGUUGAUCACGGCAAGACCACGCUUCUGGACUGGCUCCGGAAAUCAUCUGUUGCUGCUUCUGAACACGGAGGUAUCACCCAGCACAUUGGAGCCUUCUCCGUGACAAUGCCUUCUGGAAAAUCGAUCACUUUCCUGGAUACCCCCGGUCACGCUGCAUUCUUGGAUAUGCGCCGCAGAGGUGCCGACCUGACAGAUAUUGUAGUUCUAGUAGUUGCAGCCGAUGACAGCGUCAAGCCACAGACAGUGGAGGCCAUCAAGCAUGCAAAGCAAGCUAAUGUUCCUAUCAUCGUCGCCAUCAACAAGAUUGACAAGGACAAUGUCAACACGGAGAAGGUCAAACAAGAUCUAGCUCGCCAUAGUGUCGAUGUGGAAGACUAUGGUGGUGAUGUUCAAGCUAUUCCUGUCAGCGGCAAGACCGGACAGGGCAUGCUUGACCUUGAAGAGGCGAUUGUGACACUUUCAGAACUGCUUGAUCAUCGAGCUGAUACUCAGGGUAAUGCCGAGGGCUGGGUGGUGGAAGCGACAACGAAGAAGGCUGGACGAGUUGCCACCGUACUGGUCAAGCGAGGCACUAUGCGUCCAGGCGACAUCCUUGUAGCGGGCUCCACGUGGACCCGUGUCAAAACGUUAAGAAACGAAGCCGGCGUUGUGAUUGAGGAAGCUACUCCUGGAAUGCCCGUAGAGAUCGAUGGUUGGAGGGAGCAACCCGAGGCAGGCUCUGAAGUUCUUGAAGCCACGACCGAGCAGCGUGCUAAAGAAAUCGUCGAAUACCGUAUAGACCGCUCGGACAUCAAGAAACUCGGUCAAGAUACCGCUGCAAUCAACACCAGUCGACUAGAAACCCUGGAACAGCGACGCCGUUCUACCGAAGAGGAAACACCCGAAACAACCGCGGAGCCAACGGGUCCCAAACCGAUUAAUUUCAUCAUCAAAGCCGAUGUCUCGGGCUCUGUGGAAGCUGUUGUGCAUUCGGUCACGGGCAUAGGCAACAACGAGGUUUUGGCCAGCAUACUCCGUUCGGGUGUUGGAGCAGUCAGCGAAUUCGAUAUCAAACACGCAGCAACAUCGGAGGCCAGUAUCAUCAGCUUCAACAUAGCUACCGACCCUAUGAUUUCGCGCAUGGCCGAGGCCCAAGGCGUUAAGCUUAUGAACCACAACAUCAUCUAUGAGCUGAUCGAUGACGUGAAGGCAACGAUGAGCGAACAUUUGCCGCCAAAUGUCACUUACCGAGUGACAGGCGAGGCUGAGAUCAGCCAACAAUUCGAGAUCACCAUCAAGGGCAGGAACAAGAUGCUCAUCGCAGGUUGCAAGGUCCGCAACGGUGUCAUCAGCCGAGCGAAGAAAGUUCGUGUUCUUCGAGACAAGGAGAUCAUAUACGAUGGCUCCUUAACCUCGCUCAGAAACGUCAAGAAAGAUGUCACUGAAAUGCGCAAAGAUACCGAGUGCGGUCUCAGCUUUCAGGACUGGGCUGAUUUCCAGGCUGGCGACCAUGUACAGUCAUACGAGGAGGUCGUUGAGAAGCGAUAUCUUCACUAG